AUGUCUGAUCAAGAAGCUGAAAGAUUGGUUGUAAAAGAUGCUUUUGUUGCUUCAUUAGUUGAAUUAUCAAAAGUUGCAGUUAAAACUGCUGAAAAAGCAAUUGAUUUUGCAAAUGCAUUUGGUGGUAGUCAACAAGUUGAUGUUUCAAGUAUUAAAUCUGUUAAAUUAGCUUUAGAUAAUAUUUUAUCAUCUGGUGUUAAAAGAGAAAGAGAUGCAAGUGAUGCUGUUGAUUCAAUUUCAAAAAAGAAGAAGAAAGUUGAAAGAGAUCCAAAUGCUCCAAAAAAACCAUUAACUAUGUUUUUCGCAUUUUCUUAUGAUUUGAGAAAAAAAAUUGGUGAAGAAAGAAAAAGAAAAGGUGAAUCUUCAUUGUCUGCAAUUGAAACAAAUCAAACUAUUAAAGAAGCUUGGGAUAGUUUACCAGAUUCUGAAAGAUCAAAAUGGAAAAAGAAGUAUGAUGAUGAAAUGAUUAUUUAUAGAGAAGAAGCUAAAAAAUAUGAAGAUUCAUUAAAAAAUGGUACUGAAUAUCAUGCUACUCUUGCUCAUGUUCAAUCUCCUCCAAUUCAUGCCCCAAAAGUUGAAGAAGUUGAAGUAGAUGAAAGUGAAGAUGAAAGUGACGAAGAAGAAGAAGUUCCUGCUCCUCCACCACCAGCUCCUGAAGAAAAAAAGAAAAAGAAAAAGGAUAAAAAAGAUAAAAAGAAGAAAUCUUAA